AUGGAUAUUGAUGAGCUGAAAGAUGAAUUCCGGAGAAGAUUCAAAUGCCCCCCGAAGUACAUUGUUCGAUGCCCUGGACGAGUCAAUUUAAUUGGGGAACACAUCGAUUACAGCGGCUACGGUGUGCUUCCGAUGGCAAUCAGUGCAUCGACGUACGUGCUUGUGGCGGGGCGUGACGAUGCCAGUGAAAUUGCUUUUCUCAACACCAACAGCACCUACAAGUAA